CGCCAGUCGAGGCGUCGCGCGCCCUCGACGCGGCUCUGCCCAGCGGCGACCCUCCUUCCGACGACCUUCCUUCACGACCAUGAGUCUGGCCUUUCUCCACGCUCACGACUGCAGCGAGCCCCACACCGAUGCGAUAUGGGGAGCUGUGUGGACGCAGGCCGACACGGUGCUGACCGCCUCUGCGGACGGCACAAUCAAGCAAUGGGACGCUGCGUCGGGACAAGUCUCGCGCGCACAGCCCGCGCAUACACACGGUCUCGUAUCCCUCGACGUCGAUGCCGCGGGCAAGCACGCGCUGUACAACAGUCUCGAAGGGCUUACGUGCCUAUGGAACCUGGAGAACGGCGAGGUCGAGGGGAGAUUUGAGAGCUAUGUGCGAUCCGGCGAGGAGCACAUCGAACCCUCUUGGUCGGUCUCAUUGAGCCCUAACAGCCAAACGUACGCAUCCACGGGCGGCUCGGGUAACGUCACCAUUCACUCGGCCGCUCGCGACUCGUUCGGCGAGCGUCGCGCGACACUCGUCAGUGGCCGGAGUAAAUUUGGGAUGUUCUGCAAAUACAGCCCGGACGGAAGGCGCGUCGCCAUGGCCUCGGAGACUGGUCAGAUCUACAUCUUCGAUGUCGCCUCGUCCUCCCUCGCGUCGACGUAUACCACGCAUGCAAUGGCCGUCCGGUCACUAGCGUGGUCCCCAGACUCUAAUCUCCUCGUAUCUGCAUCGGAAGACAAGCGGCUCAUUCUGCACGACGUGAGGCUUUCUCCGUCUGGUAAGCCGGGCUCUGGCGCAGUCGCUACCUUCUCCGGCCAUUCGUCGUGGGUGCUCAGUGUGGACAUUUCGUCGGAUUGCCGCCUUGCCUUGUCAGGGUCCGCUGACAAGGCUGUCAAAGUGUGGGAUCUUGCUGCUCAUGCAGCAGUAUCUACCACUCAAGAGACAGGUGAAGUAUGGAGUGUGUCAUGGAGACCACAUUCAGCUGCAAACAAUAGUGCUGGGGCAUUCAUGUCAGGAGGAGAGGAUGGUAUAGCACGAUGGUAUAGGGCUGCAGGUGCAGCAUAGUGAUAAUGGGCUACAUGUAUAUGUCUGUGGGGAACAGUUCCUUGUGCCAAACAACAUGCUCACUAUGGCUCAUGAUGUGCUCAGCUGCACAAAUGUUGAAUGUCACAAGCCUGCAUUUCUUAUAGGCAGGCAACACAUUGCCUGCCCUUGCAGAUUGGAUUACAAACUGUGUAGUGUUGUGAGAGUUUGCUGGCGGUGUACUUGUAAGGUGCCCAUUCCAGUAGCCCAGGGUCUAAAAGAUCCUAUAUAAGCAGA